CUUUUUCAGGGUUUCUUCUCGACUGAGGCAACACGGUUCGAAUUUGGAUUUUGUUUUAUAUAUCAUAUCUUUUUCAGGUUUCUUCUUCUCUACUGAGGCAACACGGGUUCGAAUUUGGAUUUUGUUGACACGGUUUUGGUGAUGGUUUUCGAUGUUGGCUUCGCUUUCAAUGACAGCAAUUUCUCCGACAGGGUUCUCCGAAUUGAGAUCACGACCGAUCCGCCGCCUAAUUCAGACAUCGCCGCCACCGCCAACGCUUACCAGGUUCGCCACGGCAAGAGGAAACGCGAAGAUGAAGAGACGACGGUUGAAGGGUUGCCCUCUGUGGCAAACAACGAUGAUUCAACGGUUAAAACCCUGCAUAUCAAUUCUCUUAUCUUGGCUGUCAAAAGCACUUUCUUCCUUAAGCUUUUCUCUAAUGGGAUGAGGGAGUCAGAGCAAAGACAUGUCACCCUUAAAAUUAAUGCAUCUGAAGAAGCUUCUCUCAUGGAGUUACUGAAUUUUAUGUAUAGAAAUUCCUUGAAUAUGUUGGAUGUGGUUGUAGCUGCUGAUAAAUUUGGAGUCUCUUCAUGCAUGAGAUACUGUACCAAUUUAUUGCUAAAUUCCCCCAUGACACCUGACUCCGCAUUACUUUAUCUGGAUCUUCCUCAUAGCGUCUUAAUGGCUGAUACAUUCCAACCACUGGCUAAUGCUGCAAAGAAGUAUCUUGCAGGCAGAUACAAGGAUAUAACCAAGUUUGAGGAAGAGGUUAUGGCCUUUCCUAUUUGUGGAAUAGAGGCAAUCUUGGCUUCUAAUGAACUAGAGGUUGAAUCAGAAGAUGAUGUAUAUGACUUUGUUUUAAAGUGGGCUAGACAACACUAUAACAGACCGGAAGAAAGGAGAGUUAACCUGUGAUGACUUUAAACAUAACGGUACAUCCGAGCUUGUACUUACUGCUUUAAUUUUCAAGGCGAGGCCUCUACAUCGCCAACUGUCAAUGGCCGUGGAAGCAAAAGUGUUUGAUUCCUUGAAUGUUUGUAGUUUUAUGGAGAGGGCAUA